AUGGGCGGGUUCCGUUGCGGGCAGGAUACUAUGAUUGAAGCGCUGCGGCGAGUGGGUCCCGGACCGCAGCGCACCGCAGUCAUUCAUUUCGCCAUUAUGGCAAAUCAUAGCAGAGGAGGCCUUCCACGGCAAAUAACAAUGGCAAGGAUUAGGACCGAUGAGGAGGAUGAGGACUUUGAUGAUUGGAGCAACAUUGAUGCAAUAUUGCAAGCACCCACACAUCCAAUCGACCCCCUUAUCCAUCUACGAACAAUUGAGAUAAAAUCACGGGCUCGUGUUGCGUACGGUUGCUUUCACAGAGAUCCCUAUUUGGACACCAAGUCCGACAGUGAAUCCGACAGUGAAUCCGACAGUGAACCCGACAGUGAACCCGACAGUGAACCCGACAGUGAACCCGACAGUGAACCCGACAGUGAACCCGACAGUGAACCCGACAGUGAAUCAGACAGUAGUCUCAGUGGCGAAUCUGACAAUGUAUCAAAGCAUAUCCUUAAGGUCGGCCGCAGGAAGUACGGGCGCCUUAGAUACCCCAUCAACAUUCUGUUGCAGGUCAUUGCCAGAUGCACGACGGAUAGGCUGGAGAGCUUCAUUUGGGGUCUAGGUAUGUGCGUUCCCGAGGAGCUCCUUGGUUCUUCUGGCCUUCUUCUAGAAAAGCAGAAAACGCUCAAGUCUAUUAGUCUCCGGACUGGUGGCUCUUGUCGCUUUGAUCACGAGAAGAUUUCAUUAUCAGGAUUUCGAUAUUUGGAGAAUAUAUCAUGGCCCGAGCUGGAUAACCGGGAUCAUAUCAGCGAGUUAUGCUCGGCCCUAAAGUAUAACUCAUCUCAUCUUAUUCGCUUGGAUAUUGGUGUCUCAAACUGGUAUCACAAGCCUAUGAAUCUCAUGAAACGGGUUCUCGCGAAUGAAAUUGCAGAUAUCAGUGACAAAGAUCCAGGAAUCGCAUUUCCUACCCUUCAAUAUGUUUGCUUCACUAACAUGGAUUUCCUCCUGACGCACGAAAAGUUUUGUUCUACUUUUACUUUUGGUUCACUUCGAUCCUUGAGUCUUCGCCUUUGCAAAGGUUGGGAGGAGCUUUUGCACGCCAUUCGAGAUUCUAGUCCGACCAUUUCUUUGAAAUCCUUGUUGGUCGAAUCUGAUCCCUAUAUGGACAACACGGACACGGAAAGCGCGAGAGCGCUUUCUAGCUUCAUCGACGCGUUCGAAGGUCUUGAAGAGUUGUAUGUCUCGGUAGUGAGCUUCUCAAACCCAUUAUCGAUCUGGGAUUCCGCACUGCGCCAUAAAAAAUCCUUGCGGAGGCUUGUCUAUCAGCAAUUAUCCCAUGAUAGUGAACCCCUUGGCGAUCCCGUGAUGGCAUUUACACCAUCAGAGGCGGAGAAACUAUCGGCUGAUGUUUCUCACAAUCCGUUGGCUGGGCUAAACCUUGAAUUUCUCGGCAUUUGCUGCAAUGAUUUUGAUAUACUGAAAGCCCUUUUGUCCUCGCCCAACAUUAGGGGGAGUAUUCGAGUGCUACACCUUCGAGUUCCAGAAUGGCGAUUUGAUGACUGGGACGAUGGUUUGGGCCCUCAUGGCUGGUGUCAUGUUCCAUCCUCUCUUUGUUCUUUUAUGUCAUGGGUAUUUGGACCCGAAGGACCGCCCUUCCUUCACGUUAUAGGGCACUUCGACGAGAGUCCGUCUGGAAGCCUUUGCGAAGAUACAUUUUACUGUAGGGAUACAGAGACCAAGGACGCCUACGGUUAUUCUGGUUUCAAAUAUAUCCAGUCAACGUCGGGCUAUCUUCGUUCGUACUGCGAUGCAUUUGGAGCCUGUCGAAGCACGACUGAUUGA